CGCAUAUAAUAAGCUGCCGAUACACGGCUACCUAAAUUGAAGACGAUUAUUUAUUUGAUAAAAUUAAUGAUAAUAUUUGUAUUUUGAAAUUGACAAUGAAGAUAAAACAGUAAUAGGUGAAGAUAGAAACAGACGGUGUCCAUAGAUAUCAAGAUGGCAAAGUCACCAAAAGAUAUACAUUUCAGUGUUGAUCUGAAAGAAGCAGCUGAAAAUCAACUUAAUUUUCUUCAUGAAAUAAGUUUACUACGGACACUUGAAGGAGGACCAGUAUUGAUUCAAGCAAUUCAUAGAUAUUUAAGCCUCUGGUUACCACUAGCAGCUAAACAUCCUAAUGAAAUUCUACCAGCACCACUCGACAUACAAUGGGCAUGGCAUUGCCACAUGUUAUCUCCAGUUCAGUAUGGUGAGGACUGUAUGGCAUUGGUUGGAACUGUAGUUGAUAAUAAGUUGAUGAAACCAAAUGAGAGGAAGAAGUUGUACAGCAAGACCCAAAAAUACUGGAUUGAAGCUUACCCAGAUCACCCAAUUGAAAUUGAUCUGAGCGGCGGAUAUAUUGACCCAAGAUACAAGACAGUGCCUAAAGUAUCAUAUGAUAUUGAAGCAGCUGCUGGUAGACAGAAAGUGUUCUUUUAUCAAGUUGCCCUGCCACAUUAUCGGGAUUCCAAGUUUUUGAGCAAUGCUUUGUUAAGAUACAAGAAAUAUCUUUUUCUGAAACAAAAGAAUCCAGGAGUUUUUCUUGUACCCUGUUAUGAUAUUGAUUUGAUAUGGCAUUCUCACCAACUUCAUCCAAUAGCUUACCAGAAAGAUACAAAAGCAAUCUUAGGACGAAUCUUUAAUCAUGACGAUACUGUUAAUGACAGAAAUGAGGGAUCAAAACUUUAUAAUGCUGAUCUAGAGACCAGGCAGAUUUGGAAAAACACAUUUAAUGAGAGUUUUUCGAUGUAUGGGGCCAUGUACCGAGGGGAUCCACCAAUGGGAAAACUGAAUGCCAUGGGUCCAAAUGACAUUUGGCUUGUGAGUACAAAAAUCGCAAAUGUAACUAUUGAUUCCAUCGAGCUUUCCUCUAUUCCACCAUCUGUUAAGAAGUUUAAAGUGAAAGUGUCUAUGGCAUCAAAUCGUGCAGAUAAAACUAUGGUGGCAAGCUUGAAAGGACCCAAAACAGUUUGGAAGGACAAAGAACUGUCAAAAUUUACUUUUAAUUCAAGAUACACGAAUAAUUUAAAGUUUAGGCUAGAAGAAGUUACAGGCUUCCUUUGUAUGGGGAGUAGAAUAACACUGGGUGAGAAUGUUUAUAAUUUUCUGCCAUUAGUGGAAGCCAUGAGCAGUUCCAACAGAACAUUUAAUGCAUGCAUCGGGUUGGAACAGUCAGUCAAUUUGACUUUUAACGGCACUAUUCAGCCUUCUAAACUCGGACAAUGCCUUUUGUCUCUGAAAUCUGGUGGAUACGAGAGAUGUGUGAUGCCAGAAGAUAUUGAAUCUAUGUGGGGCCCAGUUCCUUUGACUAAACUACCACCAGGAACAGAUAACGUUUGUGAAGUAGCCUCACAUCAAUUGCACAAUCACAAGAUGGAACUUUAUUUCACAGCUCGUAUUAUUCACUGCCUGCCUUUGCUACAAUCAGCUAUUCAUGUGUUUUACAAAGAAAAGAUGACAGUGGUUGGUCAUUUGGUAGGUUCAGAUCAACUUCCUCUACCCUCAUUGGUGAAAAAGCCAGAACUGUGUAUAACAUUAAAUCCAAGACUUGGUGAAAGAGCUGUUUUGUUGAAAAAUCACGCUGGUGAUUGGGGCAUAGUUAUUGGAAGAUGGUAUGGUUUUAAGAAAGGUGUUGCUGGAGUAACAGGAACCCGCGGCAAAAAAGGUGUAAGAGGGAUACCUGGAAAUCCAGGAACUCUGAAAAUCAAGUUCCUUAAAUUUCGAGAAAAUCGUUGGAAUGAGGUUAUUUUACCCUAUAAUCAGCAGUCUUUUUCUUUCCAUCUUGGACCCUUGACCCUGGACUUGAAGAGAGGACUUAUUGGUAUUGCUGGUGGUGAGAAUGAAAUUGCUGAACAUAUUGGUUUAGCGUUCAGUGUAUCAUUGUUGCAUGUUUUGUGUCAGCCAAGGCCAUCAGGAUGGAAACCUGGAACCUCAAUAAAACCAAAAACAACUAGCCGAGGAAGCAGAGCAAUUCAGCCUUGCCCUUCGGAAGAUAUGGCAUUUAUUAUGGCAGCAGGUUUUUUAAUGAGCACUCCUUCAAAUUAUCAUAUCUCUACGACCUAUGGAUUGAAUGCCUGUGCAGGUUGUGGUGGUGGUUUUGGAGGGGCUGUUGGUGAUGUGUCUGGUGUGGAUUGUGGAGAUGGUGGUGUUGAGGGUGCUGGUGUGGAUUCUUGUGGAGAGAUUGGUGAUGUAGGGGGUGGUGAUGGAGGUGGAGGUGCUGCAGGUGGCUGCGGUGGUUGCGGUGGUUGUGGUGGCUGUGGUGGUGGUUGCGGUGGUGGUUGCGGUGGUGGAUGUGGAGGUGGUUGCGGGGGUGGUUGCGGUGGUGGUUGUGGUGGUGGAUGAGUUCACAAUGUACUCAACAGACAUUGAAAAUAUAUUUCAUAUUUUUUACAUCAUGAAGCAAUUUGGACUAAUUUGCAUACCAAAAUCUGGAAACACUGUUUAUGUACAAUCAAGGACAUUCAGAGUGAACUUAACAAAACAACUUUACCCAUAGACAAUCCAUGCAGUGUUCUGAUGAAUGGUAGUCAAAAUCUAUACCUCCUGAAAAGUAUCAGCUAUUCUGGAUUAUUUUUUUUAGAAUAAUACACAUUAUCUGUAGUUAACAACAUAUUAACAUUAUCUGUAGUUAACAACAUAUUACAUGUACAUCCAUUUCAGAAUAAUAUUUAACAGGUGAUUACCUUAAUUAUAUGGAGCAAUUAAUAUUUUUAUACGCCCAUAUUUUCAUGUUUUACGUAUAUUGUCGUCGGCCCUGUCCGUCCGUCUGUCCACAAUUUGUUUGUGGACACUCUACAGGUCACAAUUUUUAUUCGAUUUUGACGAAACUUAAGAUAAACUUAAGAUCUCCCAAAGCUCUUGGUUCCUUUCGAUAUUGGGAUAUAUCGGACCAUAACUUCAUGGAUUAUGGCCCCUGAUUGUAUGAAAAAUCACAUUUUUAGCUUGUGGACACUCUGAAUUAUGGUCCUUGAUUGUACGAAAUAUCGUGUUUUUAGCUUGAAGUUCCUCAAGAUGUCACAAUUUUUAUCUGAUUGAAAAUAACGUUUGAAUAUUUCACUGUUACGCCCUAAUGCUGGCUGAGUUUGAAUUUCAUGAAAAUCGGACCAAAACUGCCAGACAAAAUGGCCGCCCUCAUACGCAAAUAGUGUAAAUAUAUGGUAUAUCAAGGUUGUGGACCCUUUAGAAGUCACAAUGUUGAUCCCAUUUUGAUGAAACUUGAAAAAUAUCUUAAUAACCCAAAGAUCUUGGGUCUUGUCGAUAUUCACACAUAUCGGAUCGUGACUUCCUGAACUAUGGCCCUUGAUUGUAUGAAAAAUCGCUUUUUGUUUAGCCUGUUCUCUAUCCAUCUCUUUCAAAAUGUGGGCGUAUCUUGCAUUGCAACCACAUGUUAUGUUUCUUAUAGUAUGUUAUAUACAUGUACAUGUAAAUCACAUACUUUAUAAUUUCUUAAAUGACUAGACCUCUUUAAUCUUUUAACACUAAAACUGUCGAUUUCAUUGGAUUUUAUGUGUUGAUUUGCUUUGAGGGAUGACAACCUGUUUUUAAUCCAAAUUUUGCAACCAUGGAUAAAGCCAAAGUUGAGAGGUAAUAAAUUACAUGUUCCCUGUCAACACAGUAAGACACAAAAAUGGAAUUAAAAUUAGUGAACAAGCCAACUUCAUCUUAGUUUUUCAAAACAAAAUUUUAAUAGUGUAAAGCAUGUCCAAUCCCUAAAUGAAUAACAGAUCAAUCAACACAAUUCAAUACUUUAUUUUGACAGAUAUCAAUGAGAUCAUGUUUAAUGGAUCAAUAUGCCUGUGCCUCAUAAAUGCUAUUUUUAAGAGAUAAACAUGUAAAACUACAUUUUGUAAAGUACAGAUUAUAUUUUCUUAACUUUUGUAAAUUACCAGGUAUUCAAUAUGUUACUGUUAAUGCCACAUUAUUAUUUUACAUUAAAGAUGUUUUAUUAAUUGACCUGUUCAUAAUGUGGUGUUAUGUAUAAAUUGUAAAUUACCAGGUAUUCAGUAUGUCACUGUUAAUGCCACAUUAUUAUUUUACAUUAAAGAUGUUUUAUUAAACAUGCAUUAUGCAAGAGCUAAAUCUGAUUAUUGCAAGUCUUAAUUUAGGCUUCAGAUGUUAUAGAAAUUAUUAAUUAGAUCUUUAUUUAAACAACAAGACCAAAAUCAACUCUGUAGACCCACGGAUGGCUCGGCUACAGCUCGGAUUUAAAUAGGAUUUCACUAAUUGAUUAAAUCAGAUAAGGGGUAACCUGAUGAAAAUACGUCUGUUAGAUCGAGGCUAAAUGAUAGAGUGUACUUAGCGAGGCCGCUGUAAAGCGUUUCCGUAUGCCAUUGAAAACUUUACUUGAUAAUCGAGAUAUGUAGGUGGAGUUAACGCCUGUCAAUCAAACGAUCAGCGAAGGUGAAUACACAAUUCGCUACCAUUUCUAGGCAAAUAUUACAACGAUGAUAACUAUGUUCAGAAUAAAGUAAUUUGACUGAAUUUUUCAAUAUAUUCUUCUUUCAUCAUCUACUUUUGAACUGUUAUAGCAAGAAUGGCCAACUCUUUAUAAAAAUCUCCCAUAAUGUAUCUUUAAUUGACCUGUUCAUAAUAUGAUGUUAUGUAUAAAUUUCCUAACUUGUUUUUUAUGGUAACAUCAGCAAUGGCCAAUAUUGAUUGAAGAUUCUACUAACUUUAGUUAAUGUCUAAUCUCGAAAAUUGAUGAACAGGGCCUGUAUUCAGUUAAUUGCCUUGAACUUAGGCAGAGGGUCAAUGGAACCGAAUUUCGUAAUUUUCGACUAUCCCAUGAAUUGGACUGUUGACAAUAAAAUUAGAAUAACAAAAUUCAAGGAUAUCUUUAAUAUAUUACACAAUUAUGUUGAUACAUGUAUGACAAUCUGCACAUCUAAAGCUACAUCGGGCUCUUCCUUUCUAGAAAGAGUAAUGGUAGUCUCGGACUGCAUAAAACUGGUACCAGAUGAAUUGAAACCUGAUGCGGGCCUUUAAUUUUAUUGAAAGUGGUUUUUUUUUUAUCAUCAUGCAGAACCCUUACCAAUGUAUUUUUAUUCUUAUUUGACACUUGGACUAAUAUGUUUAAAUUAGUUUUAGUUUUAUUUUGUGAGGUUCACAGCCUAUUAAUUUAUCCAGAUGGUUUGGUGUGUACCAGAAUUUUAUUUUUUACAUCUUGUUUUUUACAUUUUUAUAUAGUUUAUUGACAAUAAUUGUGUCAGAUUUCAAAAUAUUUAUUCUACACUUUUUACUAUUUAUAUUUUACUUUUUUUAUAUACAUGUAGAGUCUGGGUAUAGACACAUCAUUUGUGGGAAUUAUAGUUGCUUUUAAGUGCACAAUUUUGUAAUAUGAUUUGAAAUAGUUAAUAAUUAUGUGUUCUACUAUCUUCUCAUCACUGCAUGUGUAGUUUUAUAUUAUGUUAUAGUAUUUUUUAUUCAAAGUUUAACUAAAUGCCGUGCUACAGACAAUUACGCCCACAGAUUCUGAAAAUUGGGUCAUACUGCACUCAAAUGUUCAGAAGAGCUGUACAAGUAACAAUAAGAUAAUUAAAUAUAUCAAUAUCUAUAAAACUGGAAUCAUUUGUAAUAUAAUUGUAUAAUAGUUAAAAUAAAAUAAACUUCAGAUGAAAGCGUUAAUAAAGAUGGUUAACAUUCAUACACUUUUAAAAAUAAAUGUGUGAAGGAUUCAACUGAGGGACUGCUUGUAAUAGCAAUUGGGAGUUUAUUCCAAGUACACUAAGGAUAGACAGGGGCAAUAUUAUUAAAACAUUUGUAUGUAAAUAAUAAAAUCUUAAAAUCUAUGCAUAAAUAAUAGGUGAACAUUUAUGUCAUAGAGUGCAAGUGUAAUAUGUUCAUGUGUUUUAGUAACAGUUAUAUGGCAGACUGCAAAAUUUUACACUCUCUGAUAUUUACCAAUAAGUUUAGGAGUAGGGCAGCUAAAAGUGAAUUCAAAUUGUCAAGUUUUGAGGUAAGAUAAAUGCGUGCAUGUGUUUUGGUAGCAGGGGGUUCACCUUUUGUCAAAUGUGAAAACUUUUAAAGUCUCAAUGCUGGAUAGAAAAUGAUUAAAAAUGUGAAAGUAAAUACAUUGCAUGACAAAGCAAAAUAUCAAACUUCUAACCAUCGAGUCUUUUGAAAGUUAGAGCCGAUUAAAUUUAAUAAUAAGUGUCCAUGUUAAAAAUAUUGAUAUAUUUUUUUUAAAAAUGUGGCUACGUAUCCGGAGCACGGCAUCAUGAAAUCGUGUACUGAUAUUUUAUUUGUGAUUUUUGCUCAAUGUUUUAUAUGUCCACAUUUUAUAAGUUAGUUGUUGUCCCUUGUUAUGUACUUUUAUUUCUUUCAUUGUAUUUAUUGGAUUUUCUUGUUUUAUAAGAUUAUUAACCUUUUGAUAUUCAAAAGUACUAUGUUAACAAUUGCUCUUACAAAUACAUUUUUUAUUGGGGGUAGGAAAACAAAUCAUCAUGGAUGUAACAUUCAUUUCCUGGCAACUUUAACUUAAUAUAUGUGGCAUUUUUUUCAUCAGUUACACUUUAAAGCUGGGGACUAUCAAAAUGGGUCUGUCUGUCUGUCCAUUACACUUUUGGGACACAAUAACUCUCCUUCUAAUAGAGCUAGAAUGUUCAAACUUGAUGUAGGUAUUUAUUAGGUGAAUGCCUUGCUGGAGUAUAUUUUCUGCUUAGGCUAAGCAGAGAUAAGCAAUUUGAUUGGUUGAUCCUGUGGGACAUGAUAACUUUGGUGCUAAUUAAGUGAGAGUGAUGAAACAUAGUUUCAUUAUAUCAAUACCUUGACUAUUUCGAUAAUGAGCUUCAUAACUUUUAUUCUAAUUGAGUGGUGAAACAGUGUUCGAUUAUGCAUGUGUCAUCUGAUUAUUUUGGGAUUGUGACUUGUUUCUAUAAAGUAUAGACAACAAAUUUUAAUUUACAUAUGGACUUCAUGGGUAAUCUCUGUGUUGUCUGUUUUAGGUCAACAUUUUUUUAUAAUUUCUUUAUAUUUUAAUUUUUAAUUUUUCAUUCCCAUAUCCCUCUCCAUUGGUUCACCCCUUCGCCUGUCAGUUCAAAAUGCCUUGUUGACAUCUAGAAAACAACAAUAUUAUUAUCCAAUUAGGCGACAAUAUCUAUCAUCCAGUGGUUUUAAAUUCAUCAUGUGAUUUUAUGUCCCUUUACAACAAAGUCUUGACACUCUGUAGACUGCAAUUAUCAUCAUUUCAAUAUUUAUAUAGGUUGUCUAGUUAUACAAGAGAGAGACCUUUAUUGAUAUCAACCAUUCCCCAUGAUAACGAGAUCCUGUCAGCACUAUGAAUGCCACAAUUAGCAUUCAGUCUUUUUGAAUCUUAAUUGUUGUAGGCCUAACAUGAAGAAGCCUUCGGUUUUUAUCAAUAUCUGACACAAUCAGAUUAAUACACAGAUAUUAUAUCGUUUCGUUUUUUAUAGUUCAAAAUUUUGUUUUACUUGUCUUUACUACACCAGGAUCCGGAAGAGUUGUUAUAUAACCCACGUUCUGGAUGAUGUGAGGGAUUAGCCAAUGAAACGGCCUAUUACGUGAGUUCUUGGCGUGGGGUGCACUUAACUGUGCGUAACCCGCUAGAAACAUCAACACUGAUUGGUUAAUCAAAUGUAUGAUGUCUUAGGGUCAAAAGCCACUCGUAUGACCUCUGAUGCGACGUCCCGCUACAACUGGUCAGAUCUUCAUGUAGUAGAGACCAUUGAAAGUAUAAAAAAACGAAACGAAAUAUUUAUUUGUACUUUAAUCAAAUUGUAUCGGACAUUUACCUUUUUUCUGUAAGAGUCCGCAUUGAACUCUACAUCUUAUCCAAUAUUUAUGAAUGUAUCUCAUAAUGAAACUGCAAUGUUCCAUUUGUGGGUGUACUUCAUAUUCUUGUGGGUAGGUGCUUUGUUGACGCACAACCUAUGUUUAAAUAUUGAAUCUAUGCUUGUGGGGUGUGUUUCAUUUCCUGGCAACCUACAUUUAAAUAUUUUUAUAUAUAAAAAUCAGAUAUUUUAUGAAAGAUAUGAUAACACUAAAGGCAAUAAUUGUAUGUAAAUUAAACUGCAUAAUUUUUGUGUAGCUUGAUAAUAGUUUCUUUCAUAUUAUAGAUUAAAAAGUGUGUUUAAAAUAAUAAAAAAAUUCACACAGCC